UCAGUCCUCGCCUUGUCGCCCCGCUCACCAGGGUUUUCCUCUCCCGAGUCCUCGCCUCAGCCCUCCGUCUCCCUCGCAAGCAUCGCCCUCGCGCCGCUCCGGCCGAUUCCGCAUGGCUUCCGACGGGAGCAAAACUUCGAAACCAGAGAAGCUGUCCGGAGCAGCGGGCGCCGGCCUCCCCAAUCCUUUUGAUUUUUCUUCUAUGAGUGGCUUGCUCAAUGAUCCAGCGAUAAGAGAGAUGGCAGAGCAAAUUGCAAGUGACCCUGUGUUCAACCAGAUGGCUGAACAGCUUCAGAAAAGUGCUCAGGGUGCUGGAGAACAGGGUAUCCCUGCACUGGAUCCUCAACAGUACAUGGAAACAAUGCAACAAGUCAUGCAAAAUCCUCAGUUUGUGUCAAUGGCAGAGCGUCUUGGGAAUGCUCUAAUGCAGGAUCCUACUAUGUCCAGUAUGCUUGAGAACUUGAGUAGUCCAGCUCAUAAGGAGCAGUUUGAAGAGCGAAUGGCUCGUAUCAAGGAAGAUCCAUCCUUGAAGCCAAUCCUUGAUGAGAUAGAGAAUGGUGGUCCAUCUGCAAUGAUGAAGUACUGGAAUGACCCUGAGGUUCUUAAAAAGAUUGGCCAUGCAAUGGGAAUUAACCUUCCAGGAGAUUCUAGUGCUUCCACCGAACUCUCUGGACCUGAAGAAACUGAGGAAGAAGGCGGGUAUGACGAUGAGUCCAUUGUUCAUCACACUGCCAGUGUUGGUGAUGCAGAGGGUCUGAAGAAAGCUUUAGAUGGUGGAGCAGACAAAGAUGAAGAGGAUGCUGAGGGAAGAAGGGCCUUGCAUUUUGCAUGUGGCUAUGGCGAGUUGAAGUGUGCAGAAAUCCUUCUGGAGGCUGGUGCUGCAGUUGACGCCCUGGAUAAGAACAAAAACACCCCAUUGCAUUACGCUGCUGGGUACGGUCGGAAGGAAUGUGUGGAUCUUCUGUUAAAUCACGGUGCUGCUGUCACGCUCCAGAAUCUGGAUGGUAAGACCUCCAUUGAGGUUGCCAGGCUCAACAACCAGGAUGAGGUUCUCAAGUUGCUGGAGAAGGAUGCUUUCCUAUAAGAACCCCUGGGCUAAAGCGCAUGAACUCAUCAAACUAUAGGCUUCAACAUUGGUUCAUUUCGGUUCGGUGUGGUCGUGCGCAACUUGUGAUUUUGAUGGUUUUUUUCAUGGCGAUGCCCUGCGUUUCAACUGGUCCAUGUGUUGCAGUGCAAGAAGUGCCAGGGCUUUUGUUCGUGUUCCUCCAUAUAGAGCUUCACAGUUGUUACAGGAAUUGAUUGCAAGGUCAAUUUGAAGGUUAUUUUUUUUCUUUUUCCCAGUGUUUUCUGUGAAAAAGGGCCGGCAGUCGUAUAGCCCCUGGAUUAAUGUCCGCGCUUGAAAUGGGCAAUAAUUUUAAGCAAGCUUGGUGAAAAAUGGUAGAUUA